UCCUGCGAUUGAAUCUUCCUAAUUGUAAGACGUUAAUUUUAUUGUAUAAUCCAGCAAUGAAUUCAAAACGGAAAUCUUCAACGCUCGUUCAGUGGAAACAAUACAUUUAGUUAUAUUCCUCGGUUGUGAUUGAACAUCAGAACAGGUUUCGCUGUGAAUCUUCAAAUGAAAUCAAACUAUUCGUUAUACAGUUCCUAGUUGAGAAAAUGUGUAAACUUUUGUUAGUCCUACUGGUCAUUUUCCUACAAGGAAAUAGGAAAACUGAGUGUAAUGUCAUCAGUAACCGUAUAUCAAAGAGGUCCCCUCAGCAAAUUGACAUUCAAAGUAUAAGGCAGAAACAAAUAACCCCAGAAAUAACAGUUGUUGACGUUUUGGUGAAUGAACCAACACGAAGGGGUUAUCCGACACGAAAUCAAUAUGUUCAACCAUCAGUUUCUCCACAGAGAGGCUAUCCGGGUCAAAACAACUAUUAUCCAAAUAGCCAGUAUGUUCCAAAUAGAAGACAACCUGAAAUUAAGAUAAUUGAGGUAGUGGAUCCGCGUCAGGGGCCCGGCAAUAAUUUGCAACAAUGGCAAAUGUAUCCUCAAGGAGGCCAAACUUAUCCAAACAACGGACGUUUCCCUUAUCAGGUCAACUACAACAACAACAACUCACCUCCUCCAAGGCCAUAUACGAAUAAUGGAAAUAGGCCGAACAGAAGACCUUAUAGACCUAAUUCAGAUUUCUACAUCUCGGAAGUAAAUGAAGAUGACGAUUUUCCUCCAGGUCCACCCCCACAUAGGGGUGGUCCCGACCACAGAGGCCCGCCGGGUCACAGGGGUCCACCGGGUCACAGAGGUCCUGGUAACAGGGGACCCAAACCAAAACAGCCAAAACCCCAAGAACAAGACGAUAACGAUUCUUCGGAGGAAGAGAAAUAUGUUUUCGACGCUGGCGAGAAUACAGUUGUUGGGUACACUAAGGAUAAUUUUCCCAUAAUUCCAUUGCGUAAGAACGAUAUCAGACGAUGAAUUCGUAUUCUCUAUCUAUGAUAUAAACAAUAAAUAGAAAUAAGUUAAGGACUAAAGUCAUGUCUAUUGAUAUGAAUUAUAUAUUUCCAAUUAUCGUAUUAAAUCAAUUCUGAGUGAAGUUGAAGUUAA